AUGACAGAUAUAGAUACAGAUAUAGAUAUAGAUAUAAUUACUCCUGAGAUAUUAUAUGAUUUAGCAUAUGGAUAUUCAGAUUUUAAAGAUACUUGGUAUUUAUAUAUAAUUUCAAAUUUAACUGAAUUGAAUCUACCUGAAGAAAUUCCCAAGAUUGUACAUUUUGUAUUAAUUCAACAAUUAUAUGAAUUUGAUAAAGAUUUAGAAAAAUAUUUGAUUAUUAAAAUUGCAAAAGAUUGUAUAAUUUCAAGUAAGAAAUAUUCUGAAUUAUUUAAAAAUGGAAACGGGGAGGAGGAGUUACCAGAUUUAGAAAUACCUAAUAUUACACAAGGAUUGAAAUAUCAUACUGAAAAAGAAAUAAUUAAGAAACAAAUGGAAAUUAUUGAUUUAAUUAGAGAAAUGUUAUUGAAAAUAAGUAUGUUUGUAGGUAUGCCUAAAUCAAUUAAUUCAUUUAUGAUUUUAAUUUCAAAUAUACCGAAGAAUUUAUUUUCUUUAGGAUAUAAAAGAAAUGCAAUAACAAAAGAAGAUUCUAAUGGAAUAGAUACAAUAAAUGGGAAAAUUUCUCAAGAUUCAAUUCAUAUUAAUUCAAUUAUGAAUGAUUUAUUUAAAGGUUCCGAAUAUUUUAAAGAUUUUUAUGGUGAUGAAAAUUCAAAUGAUAUGAGAAAAAAUUUAAUUUCAAUAUCUUCUGAUUUAUGGUAUUUUAUAAAUAACCAUUUAUAUUCUUCAUUAUUAUCAUUUAAUGAUAUUUUGGAUUAUAAACAAACUUCAUUAAUUUUAAUAUCUUGUAUAAUUCCUCAAGAUAUUCCAAAUUCUCAUAUAAUUGAACAAUAUUAUCAAAGUGCUAUUAAUUUUGGUUCUACAAUUGAAGAACUUGAUAAUUUAAAACAAUUAGUUUCAAAUUUUAAUCAAUUUAUAAAAUCUCAAUAA